UCGAGUAUAAAGUAGGAAGAAGAAAAGUUAGCCACCUCAUCUCUGUCAUUCAUUAAGUUAUUUAUAUUGAAAUUCACGACAUGGCAAAACCAACGUUUUUUUAUUUUUUAUUCAUCGUAUAUGUUUGGCCAAGUAGCAGUGUUAUGUUUAACCUGGCGCCAAACACACAAAAGUGCCUCAAAGAAGACAUUCAGGCAAAUCAAUUGGUAAUGGGUGAAUACGAAGUUUCCGAUGUGCCUGGUCAAAUCAUCGACUAUGUUGCCCGCGACACAAAAGGACAUAUAUUGUCACAAAAGGAGCACAUUACCAAAGGAAAGUUCAGUUUUAUGUCAGAAGUAUAUGACGCCUACGAAAUAUGCUUCAUUUCAAAAGUACCACCACAUCAACGAGGAAUUCCGCAAGAGGUGUCGCUAGUAACAAAAAAAGGAGUAGAAACUAAAAGCUACGAAGGUAUUGGUGAAGCUUCCAAACUAAAACCUCUUGAAGUUGACCUUAAACGCUUGGAAGACCUUUCCGAUUCUAUAGUGCGUGAUUUUAUUCUAAUGCGCAAACGAGAGGAAGAAAUGCGUGACACAAAUGAAAAAACCAAUAGUCGGGUUCUUUUCUUUAGCAUUUUCAGCAUGUGCUGUUUGCUUGGUUUGGCUACGUGGCAAGUCCUGUAUCUUCGCAGAUAUUUUAAAGCAAAAAAACUUAUUGAAUAGUUUGAUACAUGAAUCAUCUCUGAACUUUCUCUAAAAUAAAUUCAAGAAUUAAUAAA